GUGCAUCUGCACGUGAAGAUCGAAGUGUUGGUUUUUAGAAAUUAAAGAAAAAAAGAAAAAUGUUGUCUGCCGCUCGCGCCCUUAGCAGGAAAGCCCUUGAUUGCUCGAAAAUCACUUUCGAAAAAGCUGGAAACAGAAAUUUUAACCAUUUUUCAAAUAAUAGAUCUCCCCUUUACGCACUAAACCCAAAAUAUGACAUUCAAUUGCGACACAAAUCAGAAGGCAUCAAAGGAGCUGUUAUUGGUAUUGAUUUGGGUACUACAAACUCAUGUGUUGCUGUUAUGGAAGGUAAACAAGCCAAAGUUAUUGAAAAUGCAGAAGGUUCCAGAACAACACCUUCAGUAGUUGCUUUUAGUAAAGAUAAUGAACGUCUAGUUGGUAUGCCUGCUAAGAGACAGGCUGUAACAAAUUCUGCAAAUACAUUUUAUGCCACUAAACGUUUGAUUGGCAGAAGAUUUGAAGAUGAUGAAGUUAAAAAAGAUAUGAAAACUUUAUCCUACAAAAUAGUUAAAGCAUCAAAUGGUGAUGCUUGGGUACAGGGAAGCGAUGGAAAGAUGUAUUCUCCUAGUCAGAUAGGAGCAUUUGUUUUGGUUAAGAUGAAGGAAACUGCAGAAGCGUACUUAAACACCAAAGUAAAGAAUGCUGUAAUCACAGUACCUGCCUACUUCAACGACUCACAACGUCAGGCUACCAAAGAUGCUGGACAAAUUUCUGGUCUUAAUGUUUUGAGAGUCAUAAAUGAACCCACAGCUGCAGCUUUAGCUUAUGGCAUGGACAAAACAGAAGAUAAAGUUAUUGCUGUUUAUGAUUUGGGAGGUGGUACCUUCGAUAUAUCUAUCCUGGAAAUCCAAAAGGGCGUUUUUGAAGUAAAAUCAACCAAUGGAGACACUUUCCUUGGAGGUGAAGAUUUUGACAAUGUCCUGGUCAAUCAUCUUGUUUCUGAAUUCAAGAAAGAACAGGGAAUUGAUAUAACUAAAGAUCCAAUGGCAAUGCAACGACUUAAAGAAGCUGCAGAAAAAGCGAAAAUUGAAUUAUCUUCUUCUCUUCAAACAGACAUUAAUCUGCCCUAUUUGACAAUGGAUGCAUCUGGCCCAAAACAUAUGAAUCUCAAAUUGUCUCGAUCUAAAUUUGAAAGUCUAGUUGGCGAUCUAAUUAAGAGAACCAUCAAUCCCUGCCAAAAGGCUCUGAAGGAUGCUGAGGUUUCUAAAACAGAUGUUGGUGAAGUUCUAUUAGUUGGUGGUAUGACUAGGAUGCCAAAAGUACAGAGUACAGUUCAAGAUAUCUUUGGAAAACAACCUAGUAGAGCCGUCAAUCCAGAUGAGGCUGUAGCCGUAGGUGCUGCUGUCCAAGGUGGUGUUUUGGCUGGUGAUGUAACAGAUGUCCUUCUAUUAGAUGUAACUCCCUUAUCUUUGGGUAUUGAGACUCUUGGAGGUGUAUUUACUAGACUCAUUAAUAGAAAUACUACAAUCCCUACCAAGAAGAGUCAAGUAUUCUCAACAGCUGCUGAUGGUCAAACUCAAGUAGAAAUUAAAGUCCACCAAGGCGAACGUGAAAUGGCAACAGACAACAAGCUUCUUGGUCAAUUCUCCCUCAUUGGUAUUCCCCCAGCUCCUCGUGGUGUACCACAAAUUGAAGUAACUUUCGAUAUCGACGCUAACGGCAUUGUACACGUAUCAGCUAGAGACAAGGGAACCGGAAAAGAACAACAAAUUGUAAUUCAAUCUUCUGGUGGUUUGAGCAAGGAUGAAAUCGAAAAUAUGGUUAAAAAUGCUGAAACAAUACGCACAACAGGAUAAGGUCAAGAAAGAUAGAGUUGAAGCAGUAAAUCAAGCUGAAGGCAUUUUACAUGAAACCGAGACAAAGAUGGAAGAAUACAAAGAUCAGUUACCAAAGGAAGAAUGUGACAAAUUAAAAGAAGAAAUUACUAAAGUUAGAGAUUUAUUAACUAAAAAAGAUGAGACAGAUCCCGAAGAAAUCCGCAAAGCUACAACCACCUUACAACAAUCAUCACUUAAAUUGUUCGAAAUGGCUUACAAAAAGAUGGCUGCUGAAAGAGAAUCAUCAAGCGGUAGCAGCAAUCAACAACAGGAACAGCAACAACAACAGUCAGAACAACAAAAGAAAGAAAAUUAAACUAGUGAUUUUCCAUAAGUUUUAUAUACAUUCUAGUGUAAAUAUGUGAUGUUAUUUCGUCGGGAGGUACAGAUUUCCUGUUGAGUAGCCUUGAUGACGGAAGUUUCUUUUCCAAUUUAAAACAAUGCAAUUUGGCAUCUAUGUAGCAAUUUUAUGUUGGAAAAUUAUUUCAAGUUCUUGUAUACAACUUCCUCAUUGGACUGAUGCUGUGAAAGACUUGGUGAAUGAUGUAUGAAUCGAUCAGUUAGUGUGUGUUGUUUCAUAGUUCGCUAUUUUUACCGAAUGUGUUAUGAAUUUCUGUUAAUAUAAAAUAAAUUUUUCAUAG